ACCCUGCUGGGUGAAGCAAGCGAUGAUUCGGGCGCCACCGUGUACUUGUGUCAGCUCACAGUACCUGACAGACAUGAACGAGUGUCAACACUAACCACAGUGUCAGCCAAUUGCUCCCCCCUCGGGUAGUUUUACAGGCAGAGUUGCUCUGAAACGUCGUGGUGUCGAUCCAAAACACUUGAAAAAUGAUGCGCUUCAUGCUGCUGUUCAGUCGGCAGGGCAAGCUGCGGCUGCAGAAGUGGUACACGGCCACGGCGGAGCGCGACAAGAAGAAGAUGGUCAGGGAGCUGAUGCAGAUCGUGCUGGCCCGCAAGCCCAAAAUGUGCAGCUUUCUCGAGUGGAGGGACCUCAAGAUUGUCUACAAGAGGUACGCCAGCUUGUAUUUCUGCUGCGCCGUGGAGGAGCACGACAACGAGCUCAUCACGCUGGAAGUCAUCCACCGCUUUGUCGAACUCUUGGAUAAAUACUUUGGCAGCGUGUGCGAGCUGGACAUCAUCUUCAACUUCGAGAAGGCCUACUUCAUCCUGGACGAGUUCCUGAUGGGAGGAGAGAUCCAGGACACGUCCAAGAAGAGCGUCCUCAAGGCCAUCGAGCAAGCCGACAUCCUGCAGGAGGAAGACGAGUCGCCCAGGAGCGUGCUGGAGGAGAUGGGCCUGGCGUAAUCACGCUGGCCAGGCGGGCGAACGUGAGCACAGGCGACUCUUCCUUUGAUGAUAUUUUCGAAUACGAGAAGACCAAAAGCAGUUUUGUGUGAAUAUUCCAACAUCGUGUACGUUGUGACGCUCUCCUGAGUCGCCGGCAGCGAGACGGCGUGCAGCACGGCGCGAGGAGUUGACUUUUGCUCGUUACCGGACAACAACGGCACUUUUUAUUUUAAUUUUUUAACAUUUUUUUGUAAAGUAGCGACGAGGUGGAGUUUGACGGCUAGUAACUGUACAUACGGAAGGAUCCGUUGAGAACGAGGAACCAAAGACGUCGAACAUCACUGCCGGACGUCGCUCGCGUCGUAACCACGGCCGCGACCGGAUCGUCGGCGCGACGUCAUCUGCGUUUUUUUUUUCUUUUCGUCCAAUCAGGUGACGCGUGCGUGACAUCAAAGGGAGGCUAAUGAGGACAUUUUCUUUUUCUUCUUCUUUCUAUGCGCAAACUCGAGCACAACGCUGCCGCUUCAGUCCGCAUUUUGGGCGCUUUGCUUUUUACCUCUUUCUUCUUUUUAUCUUGCUGCACUCAAUAUUGCAUUUUUUUUUUUUGUUCUGGGAUGCUUUUUGCCCCCAAGCGUCGAGACUUAUUCGUGUCGUUUCACGGUAACACUAAGUCUACUGCGCCGUGCCCGUCCGUGUGUAGAGGGUUCGAGCAAUCGUUUCAGGGUGCCGGCUUGCAAUGUUUUGGGCGGAGGCGUUUAUUUGUCACUUGAUUGAACAUACUUUUCAAAAAGCCGCGUGGCGAUACGCACGUGUCGGUCGAAAGCAGGCGGAACAGCUUUAUUUUUGUGCGCGCUUGUGGCAAGGGGCCUCACGGAGGGAACUCUCGUUCGAAUGCCUUUUUUUUUUUUUUUUUUUCGACGUACUAAUUGUUAUAAUUAUUAUUAUUAUUUUUUAAGUGAACCCGCAUCGAAAAGAAACAAUCAGUUGUUUUGCGGAGAAACUAAAAUGAGGUCCUUGGAUCUGUUUGAUGUUUUGCCAAGUGUGCGAAAGCAAUUUUAUAACAGUCAAAUAAAAUAUUUGAAGCUAA